AUGAGUGAAGAAGAAAAUAUCUAAUCUGAACUUUAGUCCACAAUCUAAAACCAGAUUUCCUAAAUUGAUCAAUUAUCUACUCAAGCAUAGUUUCUUAAGAAUGACUAUUAAAUUCAACAAGAAAAGAAUUCAGAGCUUAAGAAGCAAUUGACAGAGAUGGAUAUAGAUAUGGAAGACUUGAGUUAUGAUCCAAUGGAGGAAAUCUUAGCCAUGCAAAAGGAGUUGGUUGAUGUAACUUUUGGCUAUUCUGAGGAGUAUGGACUCCAAGAGGAUACUAAAAUGAGAAUUAAAGGAGAAUUCAACAAUUGGCAAUCGGAGUAAAUGACAAAGGUGUCUAAAAAUGUAUUCGUGUUUAAAACUAAAGUCCUCGCAGGAUACAAGUACAGAUUCUAAUGUUUCUGGGACGAUAGUGAAAGUCCAUCAAUUGAUCGAUACUAGCCAAUAGCUUACAGUUUAGAAGUUGGAGAUUACAACUCCAAUUAUAAAUAUGUAAUAAAGACAUAAAAUAAUUCCCCAAAUGGUCCCAGUUCUUCAGAGCAAGAACUACUUCAAAAGCUACCGGAAUAUCUCCAUCCCGAGAUGAAGAAAAAAUAUCUUGAAAAGUUCAAUGAAAAUACUGAAUCGAUCAACCAAUUAGCAUAAAGCAUCACUCCGGUUGAUUUCUAGAAGGUUGACUAACUAGAUUUGCUAGAUUAAGAUACUAAGUUAGAUUUGGCUGAAAAAUCUUUGCUUAGGAACCAAAAUUUGAACAAGUAACUUGAGAUAUUUAGAUUAAAUGAAAAGCUUGCAAUCGCUGCACAAGAGAAAGAAUUAGCUUCUGAGACUAAAGAGAAAUUAAUCUAAGUUAAUGCUGAGAUCGAAAAGCUUAGUCAAGUCAUCCUUAAUCCUAUUCGAGGAAGAUACGCUAAAAGUAGAGUUGAAAACUCACCCUCCUAUUUCAUGAUCAACAGCUACAAUCCUGCUUAUAAUGAGAUUCGUGUGUCAAAGAUUUAUGAUCCUAAUGGUAUAUUGAUUCUUGACACAAGUCAUUCAUACUCGAAUCGAGUUUGUAUUGAUGAUGGUACAUUCUUCUAAAACUAUCAAGUGCUAACUACAGAAGAAUAAGCUGUGUUAGUGAAAGAUACAUUCAGUGACAGCCAUGCAUUAAUUAUGAAAUAUCAGGUUGUAGACGUUGAUGGUGAAAAAUCUUAUCUCUGCAUUGAGACUAAUCCAGCUGGACUAAAUCUUAAAGAUGAUUAUAUUGUUUAUCAAGAUAGAAAUGGAUUCCCAGACUAAAUCAAUCACAUGUAUUCUGGUGAAAUUAAGACCAAAUUUAUCAACUUAGGAACUGAAAAUACACACCCUAAACCCCAAACUAUAUAGAUUUAUACUUCUGAGCAUUCUCCUCAUGCCCUAAAUAUUUUCCAUAUUCACUUGAUUGAUCACAAUGAAAAACAAUAACACCUUGAAGCCUACUAUUUAAGAGAUGACUAAACUGCUUAGGAAUUUGAGGCCUUCUAACCUGAUGCUAUUGGGUAAUUACCAAUUUACAAACUCCUUGUCUAAAACUAAAAUGUUAUCGCCUUUCUUUAUAAUGGUGAAAACGGAGCUGAAUACUUGGAAUUUACUUAGGUAAAAAUAGCUUAAAAUGGCAUUUAUGAGAUUUCAGGUAAUAAUAGUCAUUUACUUUCUGAUCAAAGUAUGAUCUGUUAGAUUGCUAAUAUCCCACAAGGACUUAUAGUUAGCCUUGAUCAAUAAAGUCAAGUCGUUUAAGACUAACCAUAGUAUAAUCUGCACAGCUUUUGUCAUCAUCGAUUACAUUACUAAUAAUGGCAAGGUUUUGUUGAUGUAAAUAUCAAAUCCCUUGAUUCUGGCAAUUCAAUAUUGAAGAAUGAUAUCAAUCUAGCCUAUCCAGUGUGUGUAUUGACAGAGCCUAGUGAAUACACUUUGGAAUAAUACCAAGCAAUUAUGAAAGAUUGA